AUGGCUCGACAUGCAGCAAUCACCGGGACGGGUUCAUACCUGCCGGAGGGAGUUUUAACAAACUUUGACCUAGAAAAACUGGUUGAUACUAGCGAUGAAUGGAUCCGACAGCGAACUGGCAUCGUAGAGCGGCGUAUCGCCGAUCCCGAUAUGGCAACUUCGGAUUUAUGUGUUCGGGCUGGGCGCCAAGCUAUUAAAGCCGCUGAGAUUGAUCCGCUUGACAUUGAAAUGGUCAUUGUUGGUACUGCGACCCCUGAUACAUUUUUUCCUUCAACUGCGUGCUAUGUGCAGCAAGGCAUUGGUGCCAAAAAUGCCUGUGCUUUCGAUCUUUCAGCCGCUUGUGCGGGCUUCAUCUAUGGACUCGAUCUUGCCGACGGUAUGAUCCAGUCCGGACGUUAUCAAACAAUUCUAGUCAUCGGUGGAGAAGUUUUUAAUAAAAUUCUCGAUUGGGAAGACCGGAACACCUGUGUUUUGUUCGGAGAUGCCGCAGGUGCUGCAAUCGUGCAAGGAACAGAUGAGGAAAAAGGAAUUCUGGCGUCUUAUAUUGGAUCCGAUGGUGAUUAUGCCGAUACCGAUCUGUUAGGAAUACCCGCCGGCGGUACACGCCUUCCGGCAAGCCAUGAGACCAUUGAUAACAGAAUGCAUUCGAUCAAAAUGCGUGGACGAGAGGUGUUCAAGCUCGGCACUCGUAUUAUGCCAGAAGCCGCUCAACGGGCAUUGGACAUGGCAGGACUGACCAUUGAUGACAUCGAUCUGCUUAUCCCACAUCAGGCGAAUAUCCGCAUCAUCGAAGCCGUCGGAGAGCGGAUUGGGAUUGAUCCAGAAAAAGUGUAUAUCAAUGUUGAUAAGUACGGAAAUACCUCUGCUGCUACCACAAUCGUUGCACUUGACGAAGCCCUCCGGUCCGGACGGGUUAAACCGGGUGACUUAGUGUUGCUGGUCACAUUUGGUGCCGGACUGACGUGGGGAAGCACCCUGAUUAAAAUCUAA